AUGGACAUGACAGCUGGGCCCCACACUCUGGCUUGCCUCCAGCCACUAGCUGAGACCUGCACCAUAGCUCUGAAAUCCUCAGAGCGAAUGAUGGCUCCUCAGAGAAAGACCUUGGCCAACACCCAAGCAGGCAUUUGGCCUUGCCCCCAGGGCUGCAAUUUAAAGGUGGCCAAGGAGGCAACUGGGAAAGGACUAAAGUGCUGGAUCUGUGAGGAGGCAGCCAGCCAUGAGGGGAGGAGGAGAGCCUCGAGAAGCCUGGGGACAGCAUCUCAUCCCGAUAGGAGAUGCGACUGCCUGUGUGGUUGGGCUCUUGCUGUUCUGUGGGGCUUGUGUUUCCCUGCUUGGCUUCCCUUCCUCUAA